AGUUCAUCUUCAAGUCAUAACGCACUUUCAUUGUCGCCGGUUAAUAGCAUAAAUCGUGUAAUAUUACUUGGCGCUUCUCCAAAUCGUGUCGGUGUCGCUGUCGCAAUAAAGUUACACUUCCGUUCCAACUACACACGUUCUCUAAAUCUCGAAAAAAAUGUCGUCAUCAAUCAUUUCCACCGGCUUAUCAUUGUUGGUAGCUGUAUGCUUGCUGACGGAAAUUUGCCAAGGACAAUUGGCCUUUCACACUGACCCGCAAACCAAUUCCUUCUCCUUGAAAGCGCCGGGAUACCAGCAAACAUUCACGCGCUACUUUGGAGGUCAACAGGGAGGGCUCCUCCAACAACAAGCCGCGGCCGCCUCGCAGCCACAACCACAGGUCGCGCUUCCUCAACACUACGCACAACAGCCAGCCCAGCAGGUCUACCCAGGGGCAUACUCUCAACAACAACUCCAGCCACAAGCUAGUCAACAGCAACCACAGUUCAUUUCAGCUCAGGAUUACGCUGCAUUCUUGCAACAGAAUCAACAACAACAAGCGCAACCCCUACAGUACAACGCCAACCCUCAAUACGAGCAACAACCACAAGCCAGCACUCAGAAUGCUGCUGUGAGCGCUGCUCCGCAACAACAGGAUCCAAGCCUAUUGGGGGUCGCCUUCUCACCCUCCAACCAGGUGUCUCACGUGAAAUUCGCAAGCGGUGGAUUGUCCUAUAACUUCUAAGAAAAAAAUUCCAGUGACCGGUGGUAUACUAUGUAUUUAUUCAAAAUUUUGUAAAUAAACAGAUUUUUUUCAAUUCAAAAUAA